AUGAGUAACGUCGCUUUUCCUAAUUACUCGGAUAUGAAUUCCAGGCUCAAUUCAUUUCAAGGGUGGCCACGUGAAACCACUGACCAACCAGCUCGGGGCUUAGCCAAAGCGAGAUUCUUCUACAUCGGGUCCGCUGACAGAGUCCAGUGUUUCCACUGCGGAGUGCGUCUGAGAAACUGGGAUGGAAAGGAUGAUCCUUCCUCCUGUCAUCGGCUGUAUUCCCCUGACUGUCCGUUCAUAUCACAGAGAGAACCUUUCAAUCGUCAAUACGCAGACAACAAGAAUAUGCUUGAUUCUCACGGGAUGACUGCUCCAAUAGCCGAAGAAGGACCGGCGGAUUCCCCCCGGAUCUGA